AUGUUGGACUAUCAUUUAAAAAACAUCUCUCAUAAAGUUUUCAUACUGAAUGGGUUCCAUAGUCUAGGUAAAUGGAGGCCUCUUCUCUGUGUUCCUUUUCUGCUUAUGUUCCUGCUGUCUGUUAUGGCCAACUGCAUUCUUUUAUAUCCAAUCAUAUUAAAAAGAAGCUUACACUCACCAAUGUUUAUUUUAAUUGGGCUUAUGGCUGUGGUUGACAUGUGUUUACCUAUAUUUGCUGUUCCUCAUAUGUUGUUAAGCCUCUUAUUCAACUGGAAUGGCAUUUCCCUUGAUGGCUGUUUGACACAAAUGUUUUUUAUUCACUUCUUUGGAACAUUUCAGUCAACAUUUCUUUUAUGGAUGGCACUUGAUCGCUAUUUUGCAAUAUGCACACCUCUAUACUACCACAAACACAUGGCCUUCCCAAAUUUCUUAAAAUUUGUCAUUGUUCCAUGUGUGAGGAACAGCAUCUUCAUCCUUGUGAUAAUAUGCCUUGCUAGACCAUUGUACUAUUGUCACAGCAAUGUGAUGGAUCAUUGUUUUUGUGAACACAUGGCAUUGGUUCAACUAGCAUGUGAAGACAUUUCUAUUAACAACCUUGUCGGACUACUAACUGCUUUCCUUGUGCCAACAGCUGAUUUUGUGAUCAUUGUUGUGUCCUAUAUCAUCAUAUUUUCCACUGUCAUUCGGUCUGGGCAGUCUCACACAAAAGCUAUCAAUACAUGUAUCACACACAUAAUUGUUAUGACAGUUAGUCUAACUCUUACAUUAAUGGCUUUUUUGUCAUACCGCAUAAGAAAUAACUUUUCAUCAAAUAGCCGUGUUUUUCUGAGUGUGAUGUACUUACUCUUUCCAAGCUGUUUCAACCCAAUCAUUUAUGGAGUGAGAACAAAAGAAAUAAGGCAACAGCUGUUACAUAUUGUGAGGAAUUUGAGAAUUUCAAGAAUUUCUGGAGAGCCUCUGACUAGUAUUUAA